AUGGCGGGCGCCAUCUUGGUGAGGUCAGGGAGUGAAUGGAGGUUAAUGGCGGGCGCCAUCUUGGGUGUCCCCGCUCUGUCCCCUCUGUCCCCGCCGUGGCUCCCCUGUGGCCGUUCCCCCCGGGCGCGCUCCCGGCGCUGUCGGGCGCGUUCCUGCAGGUGGCGCUGUGUGAGCGGGGCCGCGCGCGCGCUCGGGCUCUGCCUCCCCCCUGGCGGCGCCUUCGGGGCCCCCGCGCGCGCCGCGGCCUGGGUGGGAUCCUGCCCCCUGGCGGCGCUGCAGCUCGGGGGCCCGCUGGCGGCGGCGCUGAGCGCUCGGUUCGGCCCGCGGGGCGUGGCCAUGGCCGGGGGGGCGCUGGCGGGGGCGGGGCUGGCACUGGGAGCCUUCGCCACCCGCCUGGAGCACCUGUACCUGAGCGUGGGGGGGCUGACAGGCCUGGGCUGGUCCCUGGCCUUCACUCCCGCCCUGGGUGCCGUGUCCCGUUGGUUCCCGCGCCGCCGCGCUCUGGCCACGGGGCUGGCGGUGUCGGGCGCCGCCGUCUCGGGGCUGGCGCUGACCCCGCUGGUCCCGCUGGCCCUGGACUGGUACGGCUGGCGCGGGGCCCUGCUGCUCCUGGCCGCCGUCUCCCUGCACCUGGUGGGCCUCCGCCGCCCUCCUCCGGGCCUCCCCGCGCCCCCUCCGGAACCCCCGGAACCCCCGGAACCACCGGAACAACCGAACAACCACAACAACCACAACAACCACAACAACCACAACAACCACAACCAUCGGGGGGCUCGUCCGGGUCUGGCCUGGCUCCUUCGCCACGGCCCCUUCCUCCGCUACGCCGCCGCCUUCGCCCUGCUGGACGCCGGCUACUACGUCCCCUUCAUCCACGGCGCCGCCCGCGCUCUGGAGCUGGGCUGCGACGGCGCCGGUGCUGCGGCGGUGGCGGCGGCCAUGGCGGUGCUGGACGGGGGCGGCCGCUUGGCCGCCGGUUGUUUGGCGGCGCGGCCGGCGGCGGCGUUGCUGCGGCAGCUGUCGGGUUGGGCUGCGCUGGCCGGGGCGGCGGCGCUGCUGCUGCCCCUCGGGAGGAGUUUCGGGGCGCUGCUGGCGUUGGCCGCCGCCUACGGGCUGCGCGGCGCCGUGGUGCCGCUGCAGUUCGCCGGCGUUGCCGAGGUGGUCGGGGCCGGCCGGGCGGCGCUGGCCAUCGUCAUGCAGAUGUUCGAGAGCGUGGGGUCCCUGCUGGGGGCACCCCUGGCUG